AUGCACAGAUCAGCCCCCAGUCAAACCACCAAGAGGAGCCGAUCGCCAUUUUCCACCAAUCGUCAUCGUUGGGAUGACAGUGAGAAUUCAGGAAGCAGCCUGAAUGUUGAUAAUGAGGACUACUCCAGGUACCCUCCCAGAGAGUACAGGGGUCUGGGUAGCAGAAGAGGAAUGGCUUAUGGACAUAAUGACUCUUUUGGGGCAGAUGAUAGCGAGGAGGAGGGGGCUGGGCCUGUGGAGCGAGUGCCAGUGAGAGGGAAAGCUGGCAAGUUUAAAGGCGAUAAGCUGUAUGACCCAGAGAAAGGGGCAAGGUCUUUGGUUGGUGUGCCCCCCCAGUUCUCUAGUUUUAACAGUGAUGUGAGAAAGGAGCUUGACCCAGCCCCUACAGUGAUACGCUCUACUGGCAGAGCUGAGUUCCUGCAGCAAAAGAGCAUGGCUCCUCAGACCUCUGCUGCUGACACGAAAUUGGUUACAAAAGGCGACAGCCUGGAUAGGGACAGACAGGAGCAGAAUGUACCUGUGCGUCCCAGCAGGGGUCCUGUGAUUGUUCGUGCUGGUGGGGAAAAUAUCCCUAAGCCUGCAGAGGAACCAGUGGUGAGGCCCAAAAUCAGAAAUCUGGACAGUCCAAACUGCGUGAAACCAAAAAUAUUUUUUGAUACUGAUGAUGAUGAUGAGAUGCCACACAGUACUUCCAGGUGGAGGGACACUGCCAUCACUGGUGAGGGCCACUUGGGCAGCCGGGCAAGGAGAGGCAGAGGUGAGAGUUCAAGUGGCUACUCUGAGCCGAAGUAUCCUGAGAACGAGAGGGAAGCCAGGAACGACCAAGUGAAGCCAGAAAAGGUGCCAAGACGGCGAUGUACCAUGGCUGACCAUGACUUCUGGAGAGUCAAUGAUGAGAAGAAAUAUUGCGAUGAAGACGCAAAGCAGCAGAAGCAUGAAGAGAAAAACCCAUCGUCCAAUGGCGAAAGCUGGGAGACUCAACCGGGGAAAGAAGAGCAUGAGCCUGAGCCAGCCAGAGUGAAUACUGGAGUGAUUGUCAACGCUGGUGCUAGCCCCAGUGCUAGUGCCAGCCCCAGUGCUAGUGCCAGCCCCAAUGCUAGUGCCAGUCCCAGUGCUAGUGCCAUCACUGGCAGCAAUGUCAGCAAUGAAAUCAAAGAAGUUCAAAGACCAGCUCCUCAGGAAGUGGAGCAGGCAUUGCCGGAAGAAGGAGAAGUUGAAAAUGAGAGUAGCAGUGAGGAGGAUAAUGAUUCUGGUCAGGAGUUUCUGCAUCCUGGGGUCUUCAUGCUGGAUGGCAACAACAACCUGGAAGAUGACUCCAGCGUGAGUGAAGACCUAGAAGUGGAUUGGAGCCUCUUUGAUGGAUUUGCAGAUGGGUUGGGAGUGGCCGAAGCCAUUUCCUACGUGGAUCCUCAGUUCCUCACAUAUAUGGCACUUGAAGAACGCCUGGCACAGGCAAUGGAAACGGCCCUCGCACACUUGGAGUCUCUUGCAGUGGACGUGGAGGUGGCCAAUCCACCAGCAAGCAAGGAGAGCAUCGACAAUCUUCCUGAGAUCAUCAUCAGUGAAGACCACAGUGCAAUAGGGCAAGAAAUGUGUUGCCCCAUAUGUUGCAGUGAAUAUGUGAAGGGGGAGAUGGCAACUGAGCUGCCAUGUCACCACUUUUUCCACAAGCCAUGUGUGUCCAUUUGGCUUCAGAAGUCCGGCACUUGCCCUGUGUGCCGCUGCAUGUUCCCUCCCCAGCUUUAA